AUGAAGCUUCUCUCAUCAUUUGCAUGCCUUCUAGGUACGGCAGCUGCCGCGGUCGACAUUCUGUUGCCGCUUUAUAUCUACCCUAUCAACGAUGUACAGAAGCCUUACGAUGGCACUGUAGACUGGCAAGCAGCUAUUGCUGCCAUCGACGCCCACCCGGACUUGACCUUCAACGUCAUCAUCAAUCCCAACAGCGGCCCUCCCUUUGCCUUUGAGGACGGCAUCAAGAUUGACUGGGCGCAGUGGAUUGGCCAAAUCAACAACCGUCCCAACACUGUGACCUUGGGCUACAUCUCGACCCUCGGUACAGUACAAGCCCAGCCCCAAGAUAUCGCCGUCGUCAAGCAGGGGGUCGAUACCUACGCCGCAUGGGAUAAAACCAACGGCUGGGACGGCAACUCUUGGGAUAUUCACAUGGACGGUAUCUUCUUCGAUGAGGUCAACACCGCUCCCGCCCAGCUUCAGUACUACACUGAUAUUACCAACUAUGCCAAGUCUGCUACUGGCGUGGUGGUCUUGAACCCGGGUGUCGCCGUCAACCCCGCCAGCUCCUCGCUCUACACCGUGGCCGAUGCAAUCCUGUCGCUGGAGACAUGCUACACGGCCGAUCCCGAUGCGCCGCAAGACCGGUGUCCGAGAAAUACAUACACGCCAUUCACGCCCGCGUCGUUAAGCACACUACCGACGGAUGCGGCACAGAGAGCCAAGUCUGCUGUCCUGGUGCACGACUUUUAUGACGAUUGGCAGCCUUACCAACCCGCUCCUGUGGCGACUCUCCAGGCAGAUAUCAAUGCUAUUGUUGCACAGGGUGUGCACAGCUUGUAUAUCACGCAGUGGGGAUAUAAUGAGAGCUUCACACGGGAGCCGGCCAGUGUUAAGACUGUCUCAAAUCUGCUGGCUCUAGCUCAGGGUUUAGGAUCUGGCGUGCCCCUGUGA